AGUUCUGGAGCGGGGAUGGUGAGGUCGGUGGGGAUGAUGGUGAUAGCGGAUGUCACGGCAGCCCGACCAGGUACCGGUGCCUCGCCGCCGAUAUGCUUACUGCUGUGCGCCCUGGUGUUUCUGGCGCCGUGCGCCUCCUCACACCCGCAGCCGUGCCAGGUGCUGAAACGGAUCGGCCACACGGUUCGGGUAGGGGCUUUGCACGUACAGCCUCGCCUGAUCCCCCCCACUGCUGGCAGCGGUUCUAAGGACUGGGACGCGGAGGGGGCUCUGGCAGGAGAGCAGCAGCCGGAGUUGGAAAAGCAGGUUAAAACAAGUGCCGGUGCGCCAGGAUACGGCAGCCUGAGGACUCGGGUCUCCGCUAACAGUCAGCGGGGCGCAAACAGGAGCAGGAGCCAGGCGCGGCAGCGGGAGGACAACACUUCCAGGGAGAACCGCGUGUUCGCGCCCCGGGACUCGGUCCUGCUCGCCGCCGAGGCUCUGAACCGGGCCGGAUUGCUCCCUUACAAUUUGACCCUGGAGAUGGUCAUGGCAGUCGGGUCCGCGCUCGGGGAGCUGCCCGCCUUUUCCUUCUCCUCCACGGGCAUCCCCGAAAACGAGGACCCGCUGUCAUUCGUGGAGAGCGUGUGUCACACGGUGGUCGUGCAGGGGGUUUCCGCCAUGAUCGCCUUCCCACGCAACCGGGACGAGUUUGUCAAGUUGGAAUUCGUCUCGUUUGCGCUUCAGGUGCCGGUUGUCAGUGUUGUGCAGAGGGAGUUCUCACGUAAGAGUAAGAAUAAUCUCCAUUUCCAAAUGGCGAUGCGGACCGUGGAGGCGCCACCAUCCCAUCUCCUCUACACCCUGCUGAUGAUGAACGGCUGGUGGGACAUAAGCAUUCUUCUCUGCCAAGAAUGGAACAUUAGCGACUUCCUCUCACUCGUCAAGAACAACACCCGCUUCCGUCUGGGCUCCCUCGUCAACCUGACGGCCACGGUCUCGGCAUCGCCUCCGUCCUCUCUACUGUCCUCCGCAUCAGGGAUCCCAGCGGGAGCUCAGGCGUCACUGUCCUCUUCCAUUGCUUCACCUUCUUCAUCUUCGUCCACCUCCGCUGCUAAAUCGGACCAGCAGCAGGCCCUGAUGCGGCAGCUGGAGGCUCUGAGGGAACCUUCGUCCACAACGGGAGUGGUGACGUUUGGGUGCGACAUCCGCGAGGUGCGGCGCCUGUGGACGGUGGCCACGCGGAUGACGCUGCCGGAGUUUCACUGGGUGUUGGGGGACAGCCAGAAUGUGGUGGAGUUGAGAACCGAGGGGUUACCUCUGGGGCUGCUGGCCCACGGGGUGAUGGGAUCCCCGUCUCUGGAUCAUUAUGUUCACGACUCGCUGGAGCUGGUGGCUCGGGCGGUGGGCAGUGCGGCCCAGGAGGAUCCGGCGUUGGCACUCAUACCUGGGACUACCAACUGUAUGGAUGUACAACAAAGCAACGGCAGCUCGGGGGAGUACUUGGCCAGAUUUCUAGCCAACACGUCCUUCGAGGGCCAGAGUGGUUUCAUAUCCAGAGACAGUCGUGGCCAGAAUGUCAUCUCAGAGUCCCAUCACUACAUCUGGUCCCUCCAGCUGGACCCUCUGGGCCAGCCAACCUGGACCCGCCUCGGACGCUGGCGCAGAGGCAGAGUUCUGAUGGACCAAGGGGCCUGGCCGAGCCACGCUGGUUCUGGGGGCGGAGGGGACUGGCGCCGGCCCACCCGGUUGCACAUGCGAGUGGUAACGCUGGUGGAGCACCCGUUCGUAUUCACCCGCGAGGUGGACGGAGAUGGUAUGUGUCCCGCGGGCCAGCUGUGCCUCGACCCACUCACCAAUGACUCUUCAGUUCUGGAAGGACUUUUCCAGAACUUGGGGGGACCCAACGGAUCUGUUCCGACAGAACUUAAGAAGUGUUGCUAUGGAUACUGCAUCGAUCUGUUGGAGAAGCUGGCAGAGGACAUGGGCUUUACCUUUGACCUCUACAUUGUCGGUGAUGGGAAAUAUGGAGGGUUCAAGAAUGGCCGCUGGACAGGAUUGGUGGGCGAUCUGCUCAGCGGUGCUGCACAUCUGGCAGUGACUUCCUUCAGCAUUAAUUCAGCCCGAAGUCAAGUCAUUGACUUCACCUCACCCUUCUUUUCCACCAGCCUGGGAAUUCUGGUUCGCACUCGAGACACGGCUGCCCCCAUCGGUGCCUUCAUGUGGCCCCUCCACUGGUCCAUGUGGCUCGGCAUCUUCGUCUCCCUCCACGUCACCGCCGUCUUCCUCACCCUGUACGAGUGGCACAGCCCGUUCGGCAUGACGCCGCGGGGACGCAACCGCGAUCGGGUCUUCUCUUUCUCCUCCGCACUCAACGUCUGCUACGCCAUCCUCUUCGGGAGAACGGUCGCCAUCAAGCCCCCGAAGUGCUGGACGGGCCGUCUGCUGAUGAACCUCUGGGCCAUCUUCUGUCUGUUCUGUCUGUCCACCUACACCGCCAACCUGGCUGCUGUCAUGGUCGGGGAGAAGACCUACGAGCAGCUGUCAGGGAUACACGACCCAAAGUUGCACCAUCCCUCUCAGGGAUUCAGAUUUGCUACAGUGAGAGAAAGCAGUGCAGAGGACUACGUCAAGAAGAGUUUCCCUGAAAUGCACGAGUACAUGAGAAGAUACAAUGUCCCUGCAACGCCGGAUGGAAUACAUAAUCUCAAGGCUGACCCUCAGAAACUGGAUGCAUUCAUCAUGGACAAAGCUCUGCUGGACUAUGAGGUCUCCAUAGAUGCGGACUGUAAAACGCUGACGGUCGGAAAACCCUUCGCAAUAGAAGGCUACGGCAUUGGCCUCCCUCAGAACUCUCCGCUCACAUCCAACAUCUCAGAGCUUGUUAGUCAGUACAAGUCAGAUGGCUUCAUGGACAUGCUGCAUGACAAAUGGUACAAGGUUGUGCCCUGCGGGAAGCGCAGCUUCGCUGUGACUGAGACGCUGCAGAUGGGAAUAAAGCAUUUCUCCGGACUGUUUGUGAUGCUGUGUGUGGGAGUGGCCUUAUCUCUGCUGACCACAAUAGCAGAACACAUCGUGUACAAGCUGGUGAUCCCGAGGGUCAAGGAGCCACGCUUCAAAUACUGGCUGCACACGAGUCAGAGAUUACACCGAGCCCUCAACUCAGUCUUCAACGACGACAAGCUCCCGACUGUUACCAAACCUGAUAAAAGGUGCAAUGAGGGAAACAACCAGUCCAGCUCGUGGAACGCUGCAGAAUCGUCCCACUGCAACAGGAGAAGGGUGGUGCCGCAGGAGAUGCAGAACGACCUGGAACGUCCCUCCUCCCAGGACCUCCCACCUCCACCGCCUCCGUCGCCCCUCCCUCACCCCUACUCUCUUCCCAUGCUGGAGAAACAUUUACCCAUGGUGACCACUUCAAACGGUCGCUCCGACCUGCUGGGCCGGGCGCUGGGUCAAGGACAGGGGGGUUCUGGACAGGGUGUAACGCAGUGCCGGGGUCUGGGAGUGGGCGACUGCGGUCCCGGCCUGAGUGUGGGGAACAACACGCUGGUUCAGGAACUGUCAGAACUGGAGGGUCAGAUCGUGGCAAUCAAGCAGCAGCUGCAGUCAGCCAUGAGACGGAAGAGGGAGCUCGAACAGUAUCAAUCAGAAAACCAGCAAGCAAACCAGACUGCGCCCAGUCAGCCCACCACACACCCGUCCAACCAGUUUGCUCAGUAUCCUCAGUCCCACCAGCAGACUAACCAACACACAAACACACUCCCAGAGUUCUGA